AUGGGUACUUGGAGACGUAAUAGGAUUAUGAAGAAAUUUCAUGCAAAUCCGAGUGUACAAAUUGAGUCGAAAGAUCUGCCAGAUAUUGAAGUUGGCGACUUGGAUGCAAGGCAGGAAGUAUUGGUUCGUGAAUUCGCAGACUUCACUGAUCCCAACAUUCAACUGGCAGCAAGGAACUGCUUUAUUUUGGAAGAUCCACCGGAUGACAAGAAGGAACAAACUGGUUCUGAGAGUGUUGUCAAUGAUGCCGGUCAUCAGGAUGCUAGAAUGUCAAAAAUUCAGAAAACAAAAGCCUCAAGGAGGACAAGUCCACCCCAGUUUUGGAUCAGACAACUUCAUCCAGCAACCAUGCUGACCAAAAUGCUGAAACUUCUCUUCCUGAAGAAAAGAGUUCAAAUGGUGAGAGUAAAGGGUUUUGUUUUAACUGAAAAACUCUUGUUUAAAGAUGGAAGAAUAAUGUUUGAUUGGUGGGAUGAGAUUGAUGAAUCUAAGGAAUGGCAGAGAUUCAUUUUCCAUUUAUUAUCUGCCUCCUAUGCUGUGGUUUCCAUUGUUGCCCUCGUACAACUAUGUCGCAUUCAGUUGAGUGUGUCAGAGUAUGGGUGGACAACACAAAAGGUUUUCCACUUGAUGAACUUUAUUGUGAACGGAUUGAGGGCUGUUCUAUUCGGUUUCUACAAGAGCGUGUUUCUCGUUAAAUCUAAGGCACUUGAAAUGGUGCUUCUGGAUCUUCCCGGUCUUUUAUUUUUCUCAACAUAUACAUUACUUGUCCUUUUCUGGGCCGAGAUAUAUCACCAGGCAAGAAGUCUUCCCAUUAAUAAACUUCGGCCUGCAUACUAUAGCAUCAACGGAUUUAUAUACUUUGCUCAGGCAUGCCUAUGGAUAUCAGUAAGAUUAAGUCAAAGCAAUCUUGCAGUGGAACUUAGUAGACUCUUCAUUUCAGUAAUAUCAUUCUGUGCUGCAUUGGGGUUCAUGAUAUAUGGUGGGAGGUUGUUCUUCAUGUUGAGGCGGUUCCCUAUCGAAUCAAGAGGUCGUCAAAGAAAGCUGUUCGAGGUCGGCUUUGUAACAGGAAUCUGCUGUACUUGUUUCUUGAUAAGAUGCAUUGUGUCCACACUCUCGGCCAACAUGAAUGCUGGUCUUGAUGUUCUAGAUCAUCCAAUCCUAAAUCUUAUCUAUUACAUGUUCGUAGAAAUCCUUCCAUCAGCUUUGGUACUGUUCAUUCUUCGAAAAUUGCCUCCGAAGCGGGUCUCUGAACAGUACCACCCAAUAAGAUGAAGAGCUGAAAGCAUUUGUAUUAUACCUGCAACUCCAAAGAUUAUAUUCUCCGGGAAAAUAUUAGCAUCCGGCUCGAAUCUUUAUUCAUCUUAUUCAUGAUCAUUUAUUUAGCUCGAUGAAUGAACAAAAAACAAACAAAAAAAUCAUCUAUUUCUUCCGAUGAAUGAACAAAAACAAAAGUCAAACCAUUCAUUAGCACUCUGUAUGCUUAAUCCAUAGUCUAAAAUUUCCUGUCACAGGGACUUGAUUCAUAUGUAUAUUCAUUCACUAAUUUGUUUUUACUUCCUUUUCUCAAGAUAAAUCCAUUUCAUGAACUUCUUUGCUACUAAAAUUUCGGUAGUGGUAAAGAGAAUUUAGCAAUGCAGGGGAACUUUGUUUCUUUCUACAG